UGACUCAGACUCAUAGAUCCGGGUUACAACAGUAUAUAAAAACUAAGGUCAAUACGGCUUCACCAGUAUAGGAGUUUCAUGCACUGUUUACAACGCAUCAAAAUGUGGAAGGCACUGUUUGUAUUAGCAUUGUUAUUUGUUGAGGCUUCAUUAGGUCUUACGGGGUUCCGCAGUGAACAAGCUGUCGCAGAUGCAUUUCAAAGAGGAUUUUUAUCAAAGUUUUUACCAACAACAAGCACAUCGCGGUCUGGCUGUCUUGGGCUUGGCUGCAAGAUCGGUAGUAAAGUAGGCAGGAAUGGUGGCGCUGUACCCAAGAUAGACCUGAUAUUUGUCCUCGACAGCAGCGGUAGUGUUCGACAACAAAACUUCACCGUUGGCAAGGACAUGAUGAAGGCAGUCGUAGACUUUGUGGACCAACAGGCACCAAUCUCUAGCACAGGAUCAAGAAUUGCCUGUGUGAGCUUUUCUUCCCCUGCCCUUACCCGCACCCAGUUCACCUUCACGGCCAAUAGCAAUCCUGCAGCCGUCAAGACGGCAAUCGACGGCAUUAAAUUUGACAACGGUCCAAGUACAGCAACGGGCGUGGGUCUUGAAAAAGCUAAAACGGUCUUGGAUGCUGCUUCGGGUGCUGGACGCGUGCGUUUAUUGUGGAUACUGACAGAUGGCAAUAAAAAUAGCGGGAAAAACCCCGUCCCAGUGGCAAACGCGCUCAAGGCUAAUGGUGUAGAGAUAUUUGCCAGUCCUAUCGGCCCUAGGGUAAAUCUCGCGAGCAUCGAGGCCUUGGUUUCGCCUCCAAUUCCCGACCACAUAUUCGAAGCCCAGUCCUUCGCUGCUGCUAGAAGAAUUGCCAACAGGGCCUUCACUGGUUUUAGGAGCGCACAUGGGCUUCCCUCACCUACACAGGCACCACCGACAUUACCACCAAAUUUCUUUGCCAACUUAUUGAGGAACAGGCUCAGAAAAAUUGGAAAAUAAGCGUAACAGUCCGAACGUAAAUGGUCUAAAUCCGGUUUUGUUAUGAACUUGAGUGCAUACUAUGCAUUUAACAACACGGAACUUAGUCAUUUCAAAUUACGAAAUAUUCAUAUAUGAUCUUCUUCCAACAAGGUGAACUGUUGAAAUAAUUUUUAUUCACCUCCAUAUAUAUUUAAGUAUUGUCAUAUUGUUAAUGUGCUUUGGAAAUGUGAGCCAUAAAGACGUGGCACACACAUUGAUUUUCCUACAGCUGAACCAAAGACUGAAGAAGGCUUGUAACUUCAAAUUCCACCUAGAGCAUUUAAGAAAAGAAUUAAACAUUCCCCUUACAGCUUAA